GGUGCUCCCAUUGAGGCAGGGUCACAGGUGCUGGGAUUACAUCACAAAGGGACUGCUGUGUGACUUCCCAGCAGGGAGUAGACUCAGGAGAAGAUACACCAGAGAUCAGGUCUGAGUUAGGCUCCUGGCCAGGGCAUAGGCAUGAACUGAGAGUGCAGGAGACACACAAAAAAACAAGGGAUUAGGUCAUUGGGUCAGGGCCCAAGUGCAUAGGAAGGAACAAGGGGCUCAUUGGGGGUAGGGCAGGCUGGAAGGUGCACAGAAGGCCUGGAGCCAGGAGACCUGGGGAACACUGGGUCUUGAGUUGAGGCUUUCUCCUAGCAACAAUUUUUCACACUUCUUAUAGGACUGAGAUCCAGAUAACAAGAGUGGGUGGUGAUACACUUAGAAGUCUGCGUAUACACAACUGGGUCCAAGAGGAGAGGAAGUUUCCCUAGAAAUACAGACCACACCCAGGAUUAGAAAGGGGGAGAAGAGCCAUAGCAAGACGCCUUACCUGGCUUCUCGUGGGUGUGCCCCUUGGAGAAGAGGAGAGAGCCCUAAGGGUGACCCUAGUGGCUCUGCCUUGGAUGCUGCUGGGCUAACACUGAGGUAGACACCUGCCGUGGUGACAUUUUUGAAGCUGUAGAAGCAGCAGCAGCCACUCAGCCCCGAGAAGGGGAGGAGGAGGCACAUCUGUGCCCUCUUGACUUAGGGACCAUGCCCAGACCUGGGUUGACCUCCCUGCUUCUGCUGACCAUUCUGGUGACCCUGGUGGCCACCACAGACCCAGCCAAGUAUCAGGUGAAGGUGAUGAGGACAUUAAAACCCGUUGAUUCUUCAAAUGCCAACCUGAAACAGUGUCUGUGGUUUGCCAUGCAAGAAUACAACAAAGAAAGCAAGGACAAGUAUAUCUUCCAGGUGGUCAAGGUACUGCAAGUCCAGAUGCAGGUCACAGAUCGUAUGGAAUACUUUACUGAAGUGGAAAUUGCCCGCAGCACCUGCAAAAAGCCUUUAAACAACACUGAAAACUGUGUCAUUCAAGAAAACUACAAAUUGGGAAAGAAAGUAAUUUGCAACUUUUUGGUGGGAGCACUUCCCUGGAAUGGCGAGUUCACUGUGAUGGAGACAAAAUGUGUGGAUACUUAG